AUGAUUUUGCAUUUCCAGAAAAGAAACCUGUAUGUAAACAAUACAGAACUCUCCCCUGUCAGCUCAUGCACACUGUUUUGUAUGGCUCUGCAUAGCACAGCCAUACAAACCAGUGUGCUUACAGUGUAAAGCACUCACACAGCACACAGUGAAACAGCACACAGUCAAUCCUUUGAUUGCCCCAGAUGUUAACCCUUUCCUUCCCAGUGCCAUUAGUGCAGUGUCAGCGCUUUUUAUUAGCACUGAUCACUGUAUUGCUGUCACUGGGGAUGUCAGUGAUAGUUAGUCAGUUCCCCAUCAAUGUCAGAAUGCCCGUUGCAGUCCCA